UGUGCGACCAAUCACGUGUGGAGAAGAUCAAUAAAACAUUUCAUUGGGUGAUUUGAAAGCUGUCAAAACUGACAAAAAAGUAAAACCGUAACCGAAAUCAUUCAUUUUUAGUAAUACCGUUUUUGCCGUAAAAUUCUUUGUUCAAUAAUUUAUAUUUGAUAUUUUAUAUAUUUUAAACUCGACAAAAGUUAGGAACAAUGGGAGACGAAAACAGAAUUAGAUCAUUCAAGAACAAGGGUAAAGACACAGAGGAAAUGAGAAGGAGACGGAUAGGGCAAACUGUAGAGCUCCGUAAAGCUAGAAAAGAUGACCAAUUAUUAAAGAGAAGAAAUAUAUCUACUACAGAAGAACCUACUUCUCCUCUGCAAGAAAAUAACUCUGCAGUUUCUCCAUCCAUGUCAGCCGAAGAAAUAAUGUAUGGAAUGAUGAACUCUGAUGAAGCAGUUCAAUAUAGAGCAACAUUAGCUUGUAGAAAAAUUUUGAGUAGAGAAAAAACCCCACCAAUUGAUCAUAUGAUUAGACUUGGUGUUGUACCUAGAUGUGUUGAAUUUUUAACUAAAGCUCAUAAUCCGUCCCUUCAAUUUGAAGCUUGCUGGGCAUUAACAAAUAUAGCAUCAGGUACCUCAGAUCAAACUGCAGCUGUUGUUCAGGAAGGUGCAAUACCCCGUCUUCAGGCACUGUUAUCUUCUCCUCGUAUUGAUGUUGCCGAACAAGCUGUUUGGGCUAUAGGUAACAUAGCGGGAGAUGGCGCAGCAACUAGAGAUCUUGUACUAAGUUGCAAUGUGUUACCUGAUUUGCUAAGUCUCAUAAAACCUCACACAUCCCUCUCGAUGCUGAGAAAUGCAGUUUGGGCAAUUUCCAAUUUAUGCAGAAAUAAGAAUCCUUCUCCAGAUUUUGAACUCCUAAAACCUGCAUUACCCUUUCUGGCUCGUCUUCUAAAUCAUACUGACUAUGAAGUUCAGGCAGAUACUUGUUGGGCAUUAAGCUACCUAACAGAUGGUCCAAAUGAGAAUAUUCAAGCUGUUAUAGAUACAGGAUUAAUUGAUAGAUUGGUACAAUUAUUAUAUAGUGAACAGGGAACAGUUCUAACACCUGCAUUAAGAACUGUAGGAAAUAUUGUUACUGGUAAUGAUCAACAGACUGAUACAGUUAUAAAUGCUGGAGCACUGAACAUUUUGGCCAAACUUCUGAAAUAUCCUAGAUUAAAUAUUGUUAAGGAAGCGGCAUGGACAAUUUCUAAUAUAACUGCAGGCAACAGUGAACAAAUUCAAAAGGUAAUUGAUGCUGGUAUUAUGCCUCCACUGCUCCAUACCCUUCAAACUGGAGAUUUCAAAAGUCAAAAAGAAGCUGCUUGGGCUGUGACAAAUUUCACUAGUGGUGGUACAAUUUCUCAACUUGCUAAACUGGUUGAAUUAGGUGCCCUGAAACCAUUAUGCAAUCUCUUGAAUUCCAAAGACCAAAAAACUGUAAUAGUAGUUUUAGAUGGACUCAACAACAUAUUAAAUGCUGCAAGUAAAAUGGGAGAAGUGGAAAAAGUUGCCAUCAUGAUUGAAGAAUGUGGUGGUAUUGAUGGAAUAGAGGCAUUACAAACUCAUGACAAUGAGAAGAUUUAUGAAAAAGCCUUGAAUCUCAUUGAAAAUUAUUUCUCAGAUACCGGUGCUGAUGAGAACAUUCCCGCUCCACACACUGCUGAUGGUCAAAUUCAAUUUGCUACACCCACUCAAGUGCCUAAUGGGGGAUUCUCGUUCUAAAAGUAUAUGCUUUACUAUUAUGUUUCCUAUAAUUGUCUAUUUACUUCAAUUUCGCCAUUCCAUGUUCUAUUUUUAGUAUAAUAAAGAAAUGAACUACAUUUAUGAAAUGUUGAAAGUUUAGAAUGGAUUACGUUGAGAAUAUCCUCUGUUUGUGUUAGUUUUUCAUUCAUAUAUGUUUUACUACUUAGUUCAAACAUGUUUCUUUACUGCUACAUAAUUUUAUAUUGAAACUUAAAUGCUUUUAAUUUUUUAUACAACUUUUUAAUUCAUUUAAUUUGUAGCUGAAAUAUUGAAGUUGCAGAUUUUCAACCUAAUUUUUAUAAUGAUAGAUUAAUGAAUGUUUUGUGGUAUUGAUAAAUAUUUGAAAAGAAAACAUAUCACAAGUUUUAAUAGGUUCUGUAGCAUGUCAACUGAUUCAAAAAAAACUUUUGUUUAGUUAUUAUAUACAUUCAUCAAUGUUUAAUCGAUUAUACUUUUUUAAUGUUUUCUUACUUUAUUUAGUAAAAAAAGUUAUUUACAAU